CAUCUUGUGCCCUAAAAACUCUUCUCAGUCAUUAUAAUCUUAGAAUCAACAGCAGUUGCUGUCUCUCUUUUGUUCGUCCAAUAUACCGAGCAUUUUUUGAGUAGUAAUUUGAAGGGUUUAUUCAGUUGUUAAAUAUUUGAUUUUCGUUUUGUUUAAGAAAAUGAGACAAAGGGUUGGAUUUGCAUUGAUUAGAGAAAGCUUGUACCGUAAGCUAAAACCAAGCUCUGUUCCCAGACAUUAUUGCACUUCUUCUUCAGCUAAUGUUCCUCCUAUUCCUUCACCUAAGAUUCCUCAUUCUUCUAAAAAGGGAAGGUUGUUUACAGGAGCCACUAUUGGUCUACUAAUAGCUGGGGGAGCUUAUGCAAGUACGGUUGAUGAGGCCACCUUCUGUGGCUGGCUAUUCUCAGCAACAAAACUUGUAAAUCCGUUCUUUGCAUUUCUGGAUCCAGAGGUUGCUCACAAACUGGCAGUCUCUGCUGCAGCCCGAGGGUGGGUUCCAAGGGAGAAGAGGCCAGAUCCUCCUAUAUUGAGCCUUGAUGUCUGGGGAAGAAGGUUCUCAAAUCCUGUUGGUCUUGCUGCUGGUUUUGACAAGAAUGCUGAGGCUGUUGAAGGAUUGCUUGGAUUAGGUUUUGGCUUUGUUGAGGUUGGCUCAGUAACUCCCAUUCCACAGGAAGGCAACCCAAAACCACGUAUAUUUAGGUUGCCAAAUGAAGGUGCUAUAAUAAAUAGGUGUGGCUUCAAUAGUGAAGGAAUCGUUGCGGUUGCCAAAAGAUUGGGUGCUCAGCAUGGUAAGAGAAAGUUGGAAACAUCUAGUACUUCAUCUCCAGCAGGAGAUGAAGUCAAGCAUGGAGGGAAAGCUGGUCCUGGUAUUCUUGGUGUUAACCUUGGAAAGAAUAAAACAAGUGAAGACGCUGCAGCAGAUUAUGUGCAAGGAGUCCAUACAUUAUCUCAGUAUGCUGACUACUUGGUAAUUAAUAUCUCAUCCCCAAAUACUCCAGGACUACGCCAGCUUCAGGGAAGAAAGCAGUUGAAGGAUCUUGUGAAGAAGGUUCAAGCAGCUCGUGAUGAAAUGCAGUGGGGUGAGGAAGGACCUCCGCCUUUACUUGUGAAAAUUGCUCCAGAUUUAUCUAAACAAGAUCUUGAAGAUAUUGCAGCGGUGGCUGUUGCUCUUCGUGUGGAUGGACUGAUUAUAUCAAAUACUACUGUCCAAAGACCAGAUUCCAUAAGUCAAAACCCUGUGGCUCAAGAGACUGGUGGCUUGAGUGGGAAGCCACUCUUUGACAUGUCAACAAAUAUACUGAAGGAGAUGUACGUUCUGACUAAGGGAAGGAUUCCUCUGAUUGGCACUGGGGGUAUUAGCAGUGGCGAGGAUGCUUACAAGAAAAUUCGAGCUGGUGCCACUCUUGUUCAGCUUUAUACAGCAUUUGCAUAUGGAGGCCCUGCACUUAUCCCCGAUAUAAAGGAAGAACUUGCUCGUUGCUUAGAAAAGGAUGGUUAUAAGUCAAUCAGUGAGGCUGUUGGAGCAGACUGCAGAUAGUAGUAGUUGAUAUACUAAACAAGUCUUUUGAGUUUGAGGGGCAGAGCACAUUUUUGCCACUUAUAAUAAUAAAUGAUAUAUUUAUGGUUUCCUCCCAUGUGGCGUCAUAUCAUUUGCUUCGUAAUUUGUGAUGUCUUCCCAAAAUUUAGCUGUUUAGGGAUUACUCGUGGCAGGUGAACCGUAUUUUUGAAAUGUAAUAUAGGAACGAAAUUUUGUAUUUUUGGUUGAGUUGUUUCUUGAUAUGGAAUUAAAUCCACACAAUACAAAGUGAAAGGAAAUGCUCAUAAUUUUA